ACAAAAUGAGAAGAAUAGUUGACAUUGGUUGAAAUAAAUAUUCUGUUUCAGUAGAGAAGCUGUGGGAAAGAAGAAUUCUGUUACAUUUCUUCUCCGACGCUUUCUCCGUCAUGUCUCCUUCCAAACUCGAUUUGUGCCCUUCUGUAAAGAACAUGCUGCUUCUGGAUUCUGAUGGAAGACGCGUGGCAGUGAAGUAUUUCUCAGAUGAAUGGGCAACCAAUAGUGCAAUGGAAGCUUUUGAGAACCUUGUAUUCAGCAAGACUCAGAGGACAAAUGCUCGCAAUGAAGCGGAGAUAAUAUUGCUUGAGAAUCACGUUGUUGUCUACAAGUUUGUCCAAGAUCUUCACUUCUUUGUCACUGGAGGUGACGAAGAAAACGAGCUUAUACUGUCCUCAGUUCUGCAGGCAUUUUUUGAAUCUGUUAACCUCCUGCUCAGAGGCAAUGUCGACAAGAAGGAAGCACUCGAGAACCUGGAUCUCAUUCUAUUGUGCAUUGAUGAAAUUAUUGACGGCGGCAUUGUUCUUGAAACUGAUCCAAAUGUUAUAGCUGGGAAAGUUGCAAGCAAUAGUGUCGAUUCUGGAGCUCCUUUGUCGGAACAGACACUGAGUCAAGCAUUGGCCACAGCUAGGGAACAUCUUGCAAGAUCCCUUCUUAAAUGAAACACAUGAAAUUUGGCAAUGAAGAACAGUUAUACUUUAGCUUUUCCUAGAUCUGAUUUUAAAAAUCUUACUUCAUACUGCAUUCUCAAACUUGAAUACCGAUGUUACUUGUGCUGUGAUUGUGAAAAUUAGUUUUGACAUGCAAAUAGAUUCUCGAACUUGAAUACCCGAUGCGAAUAGAGUUUUUAGCACUUA